AUGAGGGGUUUUUCUUUGUUAUUCAUAUUCUUUUCCCAUUCCUGUUUUACAGCCGUAAUCAUUGUGUUUGAUUUGACUGAUGUUGCUUCGCUGGAGCAUACAAGGCAAUGGCUGGAGGACGCAAUGAAAGAGAAUGAUCCUACCAGUGUAUUACUCUUCUUGGUUGGCACAAAGAAAGAUCUGAGUUCUCCAGCACAGUAUACACUAAUUGAGCAGGAUGCCAUUAAACUGGCAGAUCAGAUGAAAGCAGAGUACUGGGCUUUGUCCGCCUUGACUGGGGAGAAUGUGAGAGAGUUUUUCUUCAGAGUGGCAUCUUUAACAUUUGAGACCAAUGUACUGGCAGAACUGGAGAAAAGUGGAUCCAGACGUAUUGGGGAAGUUGUUCAAAUCAACAGCAACUCAAAUAACCUGUAUGCGACUUCCAAGAAGAAACAGACCAACUGUUGUCAUUAAAGACCGGCCAUGUAAAAAUGCAAUCAUUUGCACCAACAUAUAAUGGUACCAAAGCAAAACAUACACACAAAUGUACAUGCACGUACAUAGGGAGAAUGUACUAGAUAAGAAAAGUAGGAUGGACACAAUUCCAACUAUGUGACUGUACAGAGAGCAGUGUGGUUUGUUAUUCAUAGGGUGUAACUGAAUAUCUGCUGGAUGAAAGAAAACAUUCCUUUGUUGGAAAACUUGAGGUUUGCAUUUUUGUGGUAAAGCUGUAUUCUGUUUUCCCAUGAGUUCUAUGCACAAUCCUUAUCAGUGAUUAUUACAUUGUGUUAAUUAAAAAUACAUUUUAUUUCACAUUAUGCUAAGCUUACAUUCAGUAGUGAUUUUAAAAGGUACACAGGAGGAUCAUGCAUGAGUUGCACAAAAAGCAAUAAACAGUGAUAAAUAUAUUUUUCUAUAUCAAAAGUCCUGUUUAUUAAAAGGGUCAUUUUCCUUGAAGUUAUAUAGAUUUGUUUUAUAUAUAGGUUCAAAUUCUUGCUGUAAAGAUUUUAAAAGUAUUAGGGCUUAUAUACUUGGUUUUCUGUGAUUGACAUUUUUAUUCUAAAUAAAAU